AGUUUAUCUGUUUUUAUGUUUUGAAUGUAUUGUUCUAAGCUCCAUUAUCAAGAUCGUCUAAGUUUUUAUGUUGCACAAUGCGAUUUACCCGAAAAGAACACCAGAGUUAUUUUUAAAUUUCAAAGUUAAUAGAUUUUUUGUAGUUUGCGGAAAAGUUUGGGUCUCUAAAUAGGUGUUUUGAGCAAAAUUUAGGCCCAUUAAACAGCCAUUGUUACGCCCGCGCCAGCUGUAUUUCACAUCCCUGCAGCUGAACAUGGCGCGUAAACUGCUCGCACAGAGCUACAUUAAUAAUUCACGAUCUCAUUGAAUUUAUUGUUUAGCCUCUCCUAUAUCAAGUACCGAAAAUUCGAAGUGGCAUUAGAAGGAUUGUACUUCGCUCGUGUCCACUGAUAGACGCGCGAUAUUGAAAGCGGUCAAAAGAGAAGUGACAGAACCGCAGCACCUUGCUCCCGUUUGCUAAGCACUGACAAGAAAGCGGAACGUGUCAAUUUCUCACAACGCCAGUUUCAUUUUCUGCGUUUCAUCGGAACGCACCUCCCUGUGACAGCCCUGAGUACGCGCCCAAGAGCUAAGCCUAGACAAAAUUCACGGAAAGCGACAUGGCAGAUUCAGAUGAACACAUCAAGCGUCCAAUGAACGCGUUCAUGGUUUGGUCGCGAACCGAGCGACGCAAACUCGCUCUCAAGUACCCGAACAUGCUGAACUGCGAAAUCAGCAAGCUGUUGGGAGCAGAGUGGAGCCGCUUGAGUGAUGAGGAGAAGAAACCUUUUGUUAUGGAAGCCAAACGACUUCGAUCAAUUCACAGCCAGAAGUACCCCGACUACUCGUACAAGCCUCGUCGAAGAAAGAACAAGAGCGCUCGUAGCAAGGACACCUAUGCUACAUUUGCGUACAGCUCCAACUUUGACGCACUCUCACCCAGCUACAGCUACCCAAUGCAUCACUACCUGAGCCCACACGUUCCUCCACCGUACAGCGAAGCCUUCGUUAUGCCGCUGGUAAGUGCUCCCACAGCAACGGUAGCUAAACGUCCAUACAUCCCAAGCGGCUACGCUUUGUCCAGCCAGGACCCUCAUAUCCCACCAAGUGACUAUCACCACAGUCAUGUACCAGUAGCUUUGGUUCCUCCAAAUUCUGGAUAUCAAGGGCAUUCCAUGUCCGAGCGAGCCACAGAGAAAGCGCCCUUGUUUUCUCCAUUCCAAAGCUCAUAUUACAAGUCGUACUAUGGACACGGGCAAUGUCCCAUGGCUUCACAGAGCCAGAUCGGAGCUAACCUGCCUCGCUAGAACAAGCAAGCGAUGCAACGGAUCAUGAACAGGCCUGUAAACGUCAAUUUGUUAAAUAUUUCGUCUAGUAAAUUAUAUCUGAAGACAUGAUUGAUUAUCGUAGUAAAUUAUAUCUCUUGAUCGUUUUUCUUCAAAUCUAUGUAACUUCAAAGCACAUUCGAUGUGAAGUAUCAUGAAUUUGAUGUAUACCAAUACUUUCACUUCAUGUCUUUUUAAAAGCAUUUAUUCGAUUGUAAUAUUGUUAGUAGCUUUAAUUCAAUUGUACACGAGCUGCACUGCAUCCUGGAAAAAGAAAAUGUGGGUGUGAGGGAAUAUCGUUGUUGCAUUUUAGGUUUAGAACAGCGCUUGUUUCGCGAUCGAUUAUCUUUCUACUGGCAUAUCACAUAAAUGUUUCUUAGUCGUUCCUUUCGGAAAAAAGUUGUGUCACUUACACUAAUAUAAAGCAACAGCUGAAGAUUCAGCAGUUCACGCUUCUUUAACGUUGUAAGAAAUAAUUCACAGCUUAACCAAGUGACAAUAAAGUUCAUGUCUCAAAAUACCCCUACCUGUCUUAGAGAAAACAGAUACCAGAAUCUAUGUCAUGGAAAGACAAUACGACAACCUACACCUUGUGAUUCACUGAAUAGAGUGUUGAGGUCACACCGAAAUUUUAAACUAGCAAUUUUUCAAUUAUAAAAUUUCAUUUUGUGUCGCGAUACGUUUGAAAGACAGAGGCCACUUAUCACGGAUAUCCAUACGGAUAUGUGAGGAAAUUUAACUUUGACUUUCGAAGACUGAAAUUCCCGACAGUAAUUUGAUGGUUUCAGGAAGGGUUCAAAAGCAGGUAAAGUUGUUUUACUUUCUCCCGAUGUUUAUUGACUUCAGUUUGAAUGAAUUUUACUUAAAACAAUGAUGCCUCAAACACUUUUACUUUGCGGCUCGUGUUUGCCAGCCAUCCAGACAAAAAGUUAGCCACCGAAAAUUCAUGUGAGCCUUACAUAACCGCAACAACCCUUGCAAAAUAUUCACUGGCAAUUUAAUUAAAAUAUAUGGAGACGAAUAAUUUAGUUUAGUUUUUUUGCAUUUAGGAAGUAAACCUGAAAAAUUUAAAGCAGAGUUCUUAUAUUCCCAUUCCAAGUUGGGUUUAACGGACGACACAUUAUUAGGUUAACAAUACAGUCCUAAUUGUAAAUUAAGAACAGAAGUCUAAAUCUGCUCGCCAAGAAUUGUCAGGAAACAAUUUUCCUUAAAACGUUCUUAUAUGAAAGUAUUAUUCAAUAAAGCCGUUGGUGAUAAGUUAUCCAACACGAAAGUCAGUUACACCGUAAAUUAAGAAAUAAUUCCUCUUCAAUUCAAGCAUGUUAAAAUACUAUAUAUGAUAUAUAUCAUAAUUUAUUGCGUGCCCGGUUUGACAACAAAAAUUAGCAAUUUUGUAUCAUUUUCUUUAAUUUUUCUACCUUGUUAUUUGAUACUCUUGCCUUUCGUCGACCCCGUUCGAUAUGAAAUCGGAUUCGUCUUGAAGCAGAAGGGGAAAUAUAUGGUUAUUUUCUUUCAGGAAUUUUGGUUUACCUCUCAAAGCCGCGUGGCAACUGUUAAAGUGCAACUGAAAGAUGUAAAAAGUAUUGCAAUGUUAACAGGAGUAACCGAACGUAAAGGAGAAAAUCGGUCGCGAUCUUUUCAUUCUAUAACUAUGAAUAUCAAACAGCCUAGACACGACAAAAUAUAGUCAGAUUAAAUUGAAAGCGCAUGUACCUCUCUAUUCAAAGAUAACAAAUGUUAUAUGUUGCAGCAAAUAAUGAAAGGAAACUCCUACCAGUGCAAGUGUGAACAGAAUGGAAAUGAUUAUUUAUUUCACUCCUAUUGUAAGAUUCUCUAACUUUGUUCAACGGAUGAAAUAUGGCAAAAAAAAGACCUUUAAAUGAAUUUAUAACAGUUCAGUUCAUGUUUGUGAAUUCAUCCGUUGGCACUUCGGAAACACCUGUCCCACUCGCCUGCAAUCAACAGUGUCAAAAUUCAGUUGCGAACUCCCAAAACAAAGGUGAACCCUUAAGCUCCCAAAAUAUGGCGGAUGUCCAAAGAUGCAUGGCUUGGAAAAAGCAAAGAGCCAUUGAAUUUAAGCAUCCGAUGCGGAUAAUUCCUCCCGGACGUCUACUAACUUCAAAACAAAGAUUGAAUGGAUCGUUUUCUUGCCUUUUUU